AUCAUUGUUUUAUGAGCAACUUUUUCUGCGUUAUUUCAAUUCAGUGGUAAUUUGACGGGAGUGAGUCGCUUCGCUUGCACUGGGCGCAAAGUGCAUGUUCACAGAGGACUGCAGAGGCGCUGUAAAGGGUGAUAGCUCUGGUCCGCACUACUAGGUGGCGUUAACGCACCCUAACGCUGGUUGCAACCCGCCGUAAAGCCCAGGGAGGAAGAAGAAGACGCACACGCUUGGGGGGCCGAGGGGGGGCGGGUAGUUCACCAUGUCGCUGUUUGCCGACCGCCAGAAGACACCGCGAAGAAGAAGUAGUAGUCGUUACUGAGAGAAGCCGGUGCCGUGGCAGAGCAGAGCCGACCGAAGUGAUUCUUCAAGCAGCCAGGAGGACCAGGAAUGGGAAACCUGCCGCUCUUCUCAGGGACUGCAGACAGUGUCAGUGGAGGGAGAUUCGUACGUCGGAGGAUCAGCAGCAGCAUAACUUAUUAUUACGCUCCGUUCUCAGAGGCAGGGGACAAGACAUUAUGUCCUGCCAAAGACUCUCAAACAGCCGCUGCUCUUUGCCCAGUCUCAGCCCUAAGUGACUCCUCUGUAGAUCCUUCCACCUCUCCAUUGCUCUCAGAUUCACCUUCACACACACCUGCCUCGUCCCAAAACCAAUCAGAAUCUGCCUUCCCUCCCCGCCCCCUCCUUCUGUUCUUCUCCUGGCUCGGUGCCCAGCCAGGGGCAGUGGCCAAGUACAGAGACUUAUACCUGGACCGUGGCAUAGAUGUCCUCGUAGUCCGGAGCAAUGUAAUGCACUUCCUGUGGCCUCGAUGGGGGCUCGACUACGGGUUGGAGGUUUUGAAAGUUCUGGAGGAGCCUCAGUUCUCAGAGCGGGCGCUGCUGGUCCACGCUUCCUCUAUCGGUGGCUACACUUUCACCCAGAUGCUCGCCCACGUCAGCCAGGGGCCGAAAAAACACACAGUGCUGGCCCAGAGGGUGAUAGGGCACAUCUAUGACAGCUUAGUGGCUGGCACUCUGGAGCACAUGGCGAUUGGCCUUGGCAAGACUCUGGUGCCACGUUUCGAAGGCUUUGUCAAAAAUGCCGCCAUGCUUUACUUCUGGCUCUUCAAAACCCACACAGCAGAUGUCUAUGACAACAGCAUCCAGGUUUUCAACAACACCCCAAUUACUGCACCAGCCCUCUUCUUCUCCAGUGAAAACGAUCCCCUGUGCAACCUAGUUGUCGUUGAGAAUUGUAUGGACCAAUGGAGGAAGAGGGGCGUGACUGUGGAGAGCAAAAGGUGGAAGGAAUCGAUACAUGCAGCCCACAUGCGAUGCCACCCGGAAGACUACCUCUUGACCUUGGAUAAAUUCUUGAACUCACUGCCCAAUUGCUCAGGCAAUGCGAAACUUUCAACUGAUGCAGGAGUAAAGGUUUAGUUUGACAGUUUUAAAACUGUAAGCUGCUUUAUUAUUUCAAAGAGAAUGCACUUAUUUUAUCUUGCAGCUUUGGAAUUAUUAACAGUAAUUUAAUUUAAGACAUUUGUUCUUUUUGAGCACCCUCAAUUGUAUGACUCUACUGUUGUUGAGAUUACAUUUGGAGUGAUAUGCAAUAUUAAAUAGAUGACUGUGGAGGUUCUGUUAUGUGCUGCUUGUUUUGCACAGGGAUGUUGAUACUGUUGUUACACUUGAUACCAGAGAUCUGGUUUCUGCACAUUAUGUGAAAUAAAACUGUUCCUAGCAGCA